GUUAUAGGAAUCAGAAUAAACUAAGAUGAUGCAAGAAUAAAUUCUGUGCAGUAAAUAACACAUGGUUGACCGUCUGAUUUUUGAUGAUUGUGCAAGGCCUUUUGCCAUCGAUGCGCUCAGUUCGUCAAAUAACACUAUGUCCAUUGCAAAGAAAUUGGGUUUUCUGCUUGAGGACCAUUCAUCGAUCCGCUAUAAUGUGGCAAGAUAAAUGUGAAUUUGAGGAAUUUCAAUCGGGUCAUUGUUCGGGCACUAUUGAAGAUGUUGCGAAAAAAAUUCAGAGAAACAUUGGUGUAAAGCCGGGCUAUCAUACAAUUCCAGUGUGUCGCUCAGGAUUGUUGAAGUUUCAGCCGAAGCGUGAGGAUUUGCCAUGUCGUUGCAUUAAGGAUUCCUUCACCACCGCCGUGGUCCCGAUAAGUUCCUUGUCGAAGCGAGAGCGCUACAUUAAUCACUUGGCUCGAGUGCGUGUCGGACGUUUGAUGGAGGAUCUCGAUUUGUUUGCUGUUUGGAUAUGUCAUCGUUAUGUGAAGGUGCCAAAGUUGCCACGAGGUGUGCCGCUGCCCUAUGUGUUUGUGACUCUGCUGGUGGACAAGGUGGAUUUCUACAACUUUAAUACAGUUGAUGCUGACGUCGACAUUGAGUUUUGUGGUCAUGUCUCCUGGGUGGGUCGAAGCUCAAUGGAGAUAACCAUCUAUAUGCGACAGCAGCAGCGGAACAUUACCAAAACCAUUCUCAUGAUGGUGGCCAGAAACGCCACAAACACUGGAUCGGCUCCCGUGAAUAAGUUGCAACCUUGCAACGAAGCAGAGCAACUCUGCUUUGAUAAAGCUGUUAAACGGCAAGAACGACGUGGCCGCAAGGCACCAAUCCUGCGACCCUCACAUAACGAUGAGAAGCUGAUGUUUGACAUAUUUCGUCGUACGAAUGGCACGGAUAUUGUACGCGAUGAGCGCAUCGAGUUGCCAGAGAAUUCUGCCUGGAUGUCGCAAUCAUUUCAGACGACCUUGAUACAUCCGUUUCCCGACAAUCGCAACUCCCAGAACAACAUCUUUGGUGGCUACGUCAUGCGCAACGCUGUCGAAAUUAGCUUUAUGACCGCCAGCAUUUAUACGCAGUCGCGUCCGUUCAUUGAAUGCAUUAUGGAUAUUGCAUUUUUAAGUCCCAUCAAGGUGCAUUCGUUCCUCAAGAUGACAGCGCAUGUCGUCUACACUUUUGAGCAAUUCAUGCAGAUUCUAACAGUGGUGCAGGUCAUGGAUGCGAACACCUUCGAGGAGGUCACCACCAACACAUUUAAUAUAACGUUUCGGGCGGAACAGAAUGUGAAAGAAGUGCUGCCAUCCUCAUAUCAGGAAACAUUAUGGUACAUCAAUGGGCGUAACAAGUUUCAAGACUUUCAGCAAUUGAAGGCAAAGCGUAAUACCAAAUCUCUAAAGGUCUAAAAGAUGUUUUUUUAUUCUAAAGUAUAAAUAUAUAAAAAUCUGCUGUGAACGUUA